AUGACCGAAGAGAAACAAACUAAGCGCUUCGAGCCCAAGGUGCCCGUCCAGCUGGACCCUCCAAAGGACGACCCUAUUUCCGUAGAGGAAUUGGCCAAAUGCGACGGUAUGGCAUUGCCCCCUCACGAUACUCCCCCCGCCACUUCACACAGCUAUGAUCAACAGCAACAAUGCUGCCAAUUCGAGUAUCUUGUCAGUCGACUAAAUUUGCAAACAGGUUCCGAUCCUAGCCGCCCGACUUUGGUUGCUAUCAAGGGUGUUGUGUUCGACGUGACCCGUAACUCGGCGUAUGGACAGUCCGGACAAUAUCGCGUCUUCGUAGGCAAGGACGCCUCCCGCGCACUCGCGUGCUCCUCUCUCAAGCCCGAAGACUGCGUUCCCGAAUGGUACGACCUGGCCGACAAGGAAAAGACUACUCUGAACGAGUGGUUCACCUUCUUCAGCAAGCGGUACAACAUUGUCGGCAAGGUCGAGGGUGCCAAGAACACCUAA